AUGGCAACGAAACACGAAGAGGAAAAGAAAUCGGCUUGCUGGAUGGAGUCGGAUGGAGUGGGGAAGCAUUGUAUCUGCCAUGAGGAUUUCUGCAAUCGACUCGACGCUAAACAACCCAUUGCUGCAGCUGACGAUCCACUCACACAAAAUGUUGGCGGUGCCGAGAUGCUGAAGAAGAAUCCGUUGGUGGAUUAUGAAGAUGAAAAUGAGGGUGCAGCACCGGCUCCAGCCAACGUACUUUUCCCCGGCGCUGAGGCAGCCGACCCGCAAACGACAGGAGACGAUGAUGAUGAUUUGGUGCCGAUCAGCUUCGAGGACUACGAGAACAAGGAGAAGUUGACAGAAAGGGACUCGAAUGAGCAACGACGAUUGGAAACGAAUCAGAUUGGCUGUGCGCUUUUUGCUCAAUCACUUGCCAAUGAUCCUCCUCCAAAUCAACCGGUUCAAGUGGAAUCCGUCGAUCAAAUACACCACAAAUUCGGGGAUGAACACGAGAUGAAGGAUGAGGCUCACAUCAAGCAACACUUCGAGGACAAGAUCAAUGUGGAGACGAUGACGGAAGAGCAGAGAAGAUUUCACUAUUUCUCGAUGCACGAUUUGAACAAAGAUGGGAUGAUCGACGGAACUGAAAUCAUGAAAUCUCUCACUCACUCACAUGAUGCUGUAGAGGAGGAAAAACGGGGACCUGGAAACCCGGUGGCUGACGAGGAUUCGAUGGUGAAAAUGAUCGACGGUGUGCUCGAGCAAAUGGAUAUUAAUGGAGAUGGCUACAUCGACUUUGCCGAGUACAUGAAAGUUGGGAAU